CACACUGCUGGGACUCUGCUGCAUUCACAGCGUCUGCUUCCAGUGCUGACAGGCAAGUGUGCUUACAACAUCGCCUCACCUUGGAGAGCUGCUGCUUUGGUGUUUCAGUGCUCUUCAUCUGCACUGUCCUGUGCUGUGAUGGAGGACAUGGGGGUGCUUCUGGACAUGCUGGUUCCAUGUGCACCAUCUUGGAGUCAGAAGAUGAACCUUCAGCUGAGCCCUGCUCUGAUGUGAGUGACCCAAGACUGGUCACAUAAUGCCUUGUCACUCUUCACCUGCCUACUCGUGUACAUUUUCUGUGCAUACCUGCAUAUUUCAUUGAGUUAUUGCAGAGCCUUCAGACAACUGGAUUCAUUCUGUCAACACAGAGUCCAGCCCUCCUGGACUGAGGCUGCAGGGGCAGGAGAGGGAAGGCACCAAUUUGACUGUUUUUUGUCAGGAACCUUUGCCAUGGAUGAUGGAGCAGACUCUCUGAUGACAGUGCAUCUUCUCGCCAAUUCAGGACACUCCCUGCUUCUGCAGCAAACUCUAGAUCGGCUUCUGGGGUGGAUCUGCCCAGACAUUCACCUCUUCCUGGUGUCUGAGCGAGUUACUCCACUCAGGUACUAUGAGAGAUACCAUAAGAGAAACUCUGGCUUCCCAGGAUUAUCUGUUCUCCUUUUCCUACACGAGGACUUGGGAGAAGAGCGGAUUUUCCAGGUCCAUGAGCAAUUCCAGCGCCCACCCUGGCGCUACCAGUGUGCCCAGAUUGCCAACGGGCAAAACCGCCGCUGCGCCCCAGCUCAGCAGCACUUCUACAGCGUGGACGAGCAGAUGCCUGUGUGGGGCAUCAGGCGGGUGCACUGUGGCCCCGAGAUCCUCCGCGUCACCCUCUACUGCAGCUUUGAUAACUAUGAAGACGCAGUGAGGCUCUAUGAGAUGAUCCUGCAGAAGGAAGCAGUGAUGCAGAAAAGCACCUUCUGUGUCUUUGUGCUGUACGCAACCCAAAGCCUUGCUGUGCAGCUCUGCUUGAAGCAGCUGCCCAUCGGGGUGGCUGCUGAGCCACGGGAGUCGUCAGCCCUGCAGUUCAGGGUGCAGGAAAUGGGGCAGCUGGUGCCUCUCCUGCCUAACCCAUGUGUCCCCAUCAGCAGGACCAGGUGGCAAACGCAAGAUUACGAUGGAAAUAUGAUUCUGCUGCAGGUUCAAGAUAUCUCCCAGCCCCAUGAAGAAGACAUUAGGCUUUCCCAUCAGCAGAGUGGGAAACUCCUGCAGGACUCUGUCCCAGCUCCUCUCCCUGGAAAGCAGGGAAAUCCUAGUAGGAGAAGCCAGAAGGUCAGGGAUGGGAAGGGUAGACUCAAACCUGACCAACAUGACAGCCUGACUCCUGAGCAAGCUGUUGGUGACCUUCACAGGCCCUCCUGCUCUUCUCAUAGUUAUCCAGCAGCCUGGUGCUGGUUGGACUGGGAUGUUCCUUCCCUCCGCAGACAGGCCAGGAGCAGGCUGCAGGCUUCUCUCCAGGAGAGCUGCACUGGUCAUCAGGCAGCAGAGACCAAUGUUGACACUGGGCUGGCCGUGGUGAGCUCUGUGAGUGGCCCCUGUCCACUGAACCACUUCUCCAGGGACCUCCGGAGCAGCCUCCUCCAGCCACCAGCACCCACUGACAGGGCUGCCAGCACCCUGCCCUCCCAGGACAGGUCCCGGCUGCUGUUGGCUACAGCCAGGACUCAAGGAGCGCACAGAGCUUCGAGCUUGCAAACACCACGGACCUGCUCCACAAACAGAGCAGAGGAUGAGGAGGAGGAAUUCUUUAUAUGACUGAAACCAAGCCUGCCUGAAGGACUCAUCAUUGCCAAGCAAUGGCUUUUGUGUGCAUAGUGCCUCUUCCUCACACUCAGCUUCCCUCUGCAGCUGUGAAACACAUCAGCAGUGGGUUCAACAAAUAGAUGCUGACCUUCCAUGGGGAGAUGCUGAGGAGGCUGCAAGCAAAAUAUGAAAAAACUCUGUCUUUACAGAGGGUUUUGUU